GGCUCCGUCCUCUGGCGGUGACACCAGGAACGUCCUUCCCCGUCGAGUCGGGUGUCCACGGUGAUUAAACUGCACUCAGUCUGGAGUACGAGUUCAGGAGUGAAUGAGGACAGACGGUUCAUCAGCAGGCCGAGAGCUGGCUGAUCCCACAGCGGAGAGGAAAACCUUGUUUUGGGUGAAUGUGAGGGAGCUUUGGACGACCUUGGCCUGAAGGCAUUUCGAUUUCUCUGAGAUGUCACUCAGACAAGCAGGAGGGAUGUCCCUCGCCCAGGCUUUGGCCAUGACCGUGGCGGAGAUACCGGUCUUUCUCUAUUCCACAUUUGGCCAGUCCAUCUUUUCUCAGCUAAAACUUACACCAAACUUGAAGAGGGUGCUCUUUGCCACAGCGAUAGGCAGUGUUGCCCUGGCUCUCACUGCUCAUCAGCUCAAGAGGCGGGGGAGAAAAAGGAAUCAGGCAACACAACAGAAGGAGGGCCAGAAGACAGUGGGAAUACCUGAAGCACUGAGGAAGACAGGAAGACCCUCUUCAUUCAAGAGAGGUCAGUUAACUAGUCGUCAGAUGAUGAGUCCGAGCACCAGGAGCAACGACACCAUGAGUGGAAUUUCUUCCCUGGCUCCCAGUAAACACUCAAGUUCCUCACACAGCCUUGCAUCAAUGCGGGUCCCAACCUCCCCAAACCAGUCUGCCAACCCAUCCACGCCCUGGGAGGCAGAACCUGUGGCAGAAGAGUCAGGGGCACUAGAGGAUGCGAACGCAGAGAAUCUGUAUUUAAUUGGAAUGGAGCUUUUUGAGGAAGCUCUGAGAAAGUGGGAACAAGCCCUGAAUAUUCGCCAUCACGCCUCCUCGACCUCCAGCAACAACAGCCUUGCUCUGCAGGGGGCAGCGUGUGGAGACUUUCCCAUGGCUGAAGCCCGUAGUAAAGGGUUUGCUGACAAGUUAGAGACUCUACUGCACAAGGCGUACCACCUACAGGAGGAUUUUGGCAGCACUAUCCCUACAGACAGCGUGCUGGCAGACUUUGAGAGUGAAGGAACUCUUAUCUUGCCUCAAGUGGGGAAUUUCCACAGACUGCAAGAUGAUGAUGCGACUACUGUUACCUCCGACCAGUCCUUCUUCUCGGCCGCAGAGCUGUUUGAUGCCAUGUCUCUGGAAGAGCACUACCAGCCUCUGAAGCCUUCAGCUCUUUAUGAAGAAGCCUUGUCUCUGGUACGAGAGGGAAAAGUGUCAUAUAGGUGCCCGAGGACUGAACUACUUGAAUGUUAUGGUGAUCAAGAUUUCCUUGCCAAGCUUCACUGUGUGAGACAAGCAUUCCAGGUGCUGUUGUCAGAUGAAACUCAUCGCACGUUUUUCAUGGAGACCGGGAAGCAGAUGAUUACAGGGUUAAUGGUGAAGGCAAACAAGAGUCCUAAAGGCUUCCUAGAGAGCUACGAGGACAUGCUGCUUUACACCCAGAGAGAGGAAACGUGGCCAGUUACGCAGAUGGAGCUAGAGGGCCGAGGAGUGGUGUGUAUGAACUUUUUUGACAUAGUGUUGGACUUCAUCCUAAUGGACGCAUUCGAAGACCUGGAGAGCCCUCCCUCAUCUGUGGUAGCUGUGCUGAGGAAUCGCUGGCUCUCUGACAGCUUCAAAGAGACGGCUCUGGCGACUGCUUGCUGGUCUGUCCUAAAAGCGAAAAGGCGUCUGCUCAUGGUUCCUGAUGGGUUUAUCUCCCACUUCUAUGCCAUAUCAGAACAUGUGAGCCCAGUUUUAGCUUAUGGGUUCUUGGGACCCAGGCAGCACCUAAGUGAGGUCUGCACUAUCUUCAAGCAACAAAUCGUGCAGUACCUUAAGGAUAUGUUUGACCAUGACAAGGUCCGCUUCACCUCUGCUAACAGCUUGGCCGAGGACAUCCUGAACCUUUCCCACCGCCGUAGCGAGAUUUUACUGGGGUACCUGGGGAUCGACAGACUUCUGGAGCUCAAUGGUUCCCCGCCCAGGGACACCGACAGCUCUUAAGGGCCCGACUCAAACAGCAUGAAGGGUUACUGAGGGCUUCAUCGGGCUUGUGCAGGCCAGACGCAGUGGAGUCGCAGCUCAGCACUUGAUCUGCACUAACACUGGAUUAAAUCAUACUCCUGUGAUAAACUGGGAACCACAGUUAAUUAUUCAUUCAUCAUCAAACACUGACAGAGGAUAUAUUUUCACUAGCAUCACUGGUUCUACUGAGGGAAACUGGUUGGACUCCACCUCUUCCUUGUUAUCAGCUGCUAGGCUGCGUAUCCGGAGAAUGCCUACAUGUGAUCUCAGACGUGUGAGGAGGUGUCUCUUACUUGUUGGGUUUCCAGGCUACUUAAAAACACACGAAACAGAAGCAUGGGGAAAACGUGAAAACUGGCCCUUCCACAUUAUUCUUUCACUUGGAGCAGGUGUCUUCAGAUAACUAGUGGUUGCACCUUCCAUUCGUCUGACGUGUGAAAACACAUGGAAUAUCAUCGUCUUCACUGUUACGUGAAAAUAAGUGUGUUGACGUGUUUUGUUUUAUAUUAAAGGGGCAAAGUUAUUUGUUAAAUCCA